AUGGCCUUUUUCUGCUGCGGAGGGGCCGAUAAGGACGAAGUUACCGUGGCAAACCGCCCUAAAGAUAAUAAAAACACUUCCGCCGGCAAACAAAAGGCAAACGAAGGCCCAGCCACGUCUUUCCCAUCUAGCACACAACUGAGAACUCCAAAUCUAUCAGGUUUUUCUACGGGUGACGAGAAGCAGCGUGUUUUCGGGCCAGCUGAGGCUCAUGUCGUUAGGCCUAGCAUAAUCCCAGCGAUGCCCGACGGAACUUACGACCAAAAGUCAGGACCUCCCCCUGGUUAUCAUGACGGAGAGCACCAUGAAAAUACUCAAGCUCCACCUGGUAACCCACCUCCUUACCAUAACUGGGAAGAAGCUGUGCCAGAUACGGCAAUGUUUCCUCCUCCCCCGGUUGGAGGGUAUCUAUAUUCUAAUACGGGAAAUGCAUCAGAAGCGGAUGCUGAUCGAGCUCAUGACUUCUGUGAUAAUACCCCGUUGUGGACACCAUGCAUGCCAUCAGAUGCGGUAUACAAUUCAGUUCAAAAUUUUGACCUCCGACCUGUUAGACCUCAACAGUACAACGGGCAUCUAGAAGUUGUUGGCCAAGGGAUGUGGAGAGGACGCACUCAGGACCAGAAUGGAGACUGUAUUCUGCUGACGGGUUUACCAUUGUACUUUCCAGCAAAGGAUUCGCCGCUAAUCACAGAACGAACGAAGACGAUAUACUUCGAAGCGAAACUUCUUGCCCAGUACGAUGGAAUCAAGGGCCAAGUUGGUGGGUUUUCCAUCGGUUUUGCAGCUCAACCAUACCCCACAUGGCGAUCACCUGGAUGGGAACGGGGAAGCGUGGGCGUUUUCUCCGAUGAUGGCUGCAGAUUUGUGAACGAUUCAUGGGGUGGGAUGGAGUUUACUAGCGCAUUCAAAGUUGGGGAAACGGUUGGAUUAGGAAUGAAGUUCUCAUUACCGUCUCCAGAGUCGUUAACAAUAUCCCAAACCAAUGGGACACCCACAACUCUUCCGGUAGAAAUAUUCUUCACACGGGAUGGAAAAUUUGUAGGGAGCUGGGAUCUACAUGAGGAGGUCGAUGAGGAUGCUGGUGGUGUUAGGGGGCUAGAGGGCGAUUUUGAUCUCUAUGGUGCUCUUGGGUUAUUUGGGGGCGUCGAGUUCGAACAAACACAUCAGGAUCCGUAUCGAGCGGAUCCAGGCAACCAAAAGGCUUCGGCCAACGUAUUCGGAUAUAAUGCUUUCACCUACGUAACCUUUGAGGGUCUGGCUAGUUUCGAUACCUUCGCAACCCACGUUUGGAAGCCUAGCCGAAAAAGCUUCGAGCUCUUCAUCGGUCCAGGGCUGCAGUUGACCCACUCACUGGUGUGGAAGAGCAAGCAAGAAGCAAUUGGCAACCUUUGGAGUCUGGCAGCAUACUUAGAUAUCACAUAUUAUAUGAGCCCCCUCAGCAACCCCCCAAAAUAUCCACAUUCUACAGGAGUAAUGUAUAAAUUUCAAUGCCCCUCAAUUUUUGGCAGAAAUCACCUGAGAUAUUCAGAAGUCUCAUCGCCUUUGUAUCAGCAGCUUCUCGAAUUCAACCCACCCAGACACGAGAGAUACCUCAAGAUCAACUUGCCCAAUGAAGCGGCUAUUCUUCCAAUCACCCUACACUGCACCGAUUUCAUCAGAAAUUUCGUGAACACUACUGACCCGCUCAUGAAAAGACGGCAGACUAUACGAACCAUCUGGAGGUUGUCUCAAGACCUGAAGCGAGCCAGAGCCGGGCACGAUGGUUGCAGCGGACUGUGA